ACCAAGACGAAUAUCGAGAGRUUUUUUAUACUGAAUUUCCUCUUUUAUUCCCUCGAAAUGUCUGCGUUAUUGUACUCACCGACAGGCUCUUCUUGUUUUAUAUCUUCCUUUGAUAAAUGGAGAAAAGAUGAAGUCCUGCAAUUGCUGUCAAACAUGAAUGGACAACCUUUUUGUGMAGAUAGCGUGUAUUUUGUUUUAAAUGGACGACUAGUUGAUUCGAACCAGCAAGAAAUGACCAUCUCUGAUAAGGACGUUCUUCGCGUUCACUCUCGCCUCGUCGGAGGAAAAGGUGGAUUUGGCUCGAUGUUGAGAGCGAUUGGUGCUCAGAUUGAGAAAACAACGAGUAGAGAAGCUUGCCGUGACCUCAGUGGAAGGAGAAUGCGAGAUGUAAAUGAUGAGAAAAAAAUAACAGAAUGGGUUGCCAAGCAGGCCGAUAGAGAACGUGAACUAGCAAAACAAAAACAAGAGAGACUCGAAAAACGAAGAGCAAUGCCAAAACAUAACUUUGAUGAUCAAACAUACACAAAAGAAAUCCAGAAAAAUCUGGAAAGGAUAGAUGACGCUCUGAAGCAAGGAUUAAAAGCUUCCACGUCUACAUCAACGACAACAUCAGCAACAAAGCGAAAAGGUCCAGACAGAGAUGAGAUUCCAAAGAAACGGAAAAUGUGGAUGGAUGAAGAACUUGAUGAUAGUGAUGAAGAAUUCAACACAAGUUCUAUUGCUGGUCCCUCAACAAGCAGCACAAGUACACAUACAUCAACCUCAACUAGCAUAGAUACAGUUCUCACAGAGCCUGGUCCAUCAAGCAGUAAACACUCAAGUGAGCAAGAAUCCGAACCCUUAAAGAAAACAUCACCUACACCUGAAUCAACACAAACAAGUUCUUCAUCUUCAAAUGCUGAUGAGGAUGAAAUGGUAAAGGGAGUGGAAARAGAUGAUAAAACUGAAGAGAAGACAAAAGAAAACAAGMCAUUUUGUUUAGAUGACUACAAGUCUGCUGAAGAAUUAGAGUCYAUUGGAUUAGAUGCCUUAAAAGAUCAGCUUAUGGGUCUAGGGCUAAAGUGUGGUGGWACAUUACAAGAAAGAGCACUUAGGUUAUUUUCCACAAAGGGAAAGUCUUUGGAUAAACUUGACCCUGCUUUGUUUGCAAAACCCAGCAAAGGAAAGAAGAAACAAAAGAAAAAGUAAACACAAACUUUGAGUUUUGUUAUUUGUUGAAAUGUAUGUCAUUACAGUGUCGAUGUCCUUUGCUUUGGAAUUCCUUGAGUUUUAAUAAGAAAUGAAGAACAAUCUAUARUGCAUUGUACAGUAAGUGUUCUUUUAUUUCCAACAGUAGCACUAUAACACUAGCAGUGGUUUUAAUUUUGUUUAUAAUUCUUUGGAUAAUGUACAAUUUGUUUCUGAUUUAACUUUUAACAGCUUCAUUUAGCAGAAUAAAUAUAAACAAUUAUAGUC